AUGGACGCAGAAUUCAUGGACCAGUUGUGGAGUGAGCGGCACUAUGGAACACCGCUCGCCAUCAUCUUCAUGGUUCUGCCAACGGUAGCUGUCGGCCUACGAUUGUACGCGAAGAUUACGGCUCAUCAGCCAAUCGAGCUCAGCGACUACUUCUCCAUUGCAGCAUGGUUGAACACGUCUGCCUUCUUCAUAUCAUUACUGGUGGCUGUGUAUCUGCCGCCGUCAUAUCUUGAUAAUCCGGAUGGCAUCGAUGUGCCUGUGUCCAAGAUUACAUUCUCUCUAAACUUAUUGUGGGCGGCGGCCUGCUACUGCUGCAAAUUGUCGAUCCUUUGCCUUUAUUACCGCCUCCUCAGCACGCCAUCCAGCACAUUUCGUCUAGUAGUCAAGAUCAUGUUUGUUCUCACAGCUUGCGUCGGCAUCGCAAGUGUCCUGGGCUUCCUCCUGGUAUUCCGAGAUAUGUCAUGGUGGUGGUCGACAGGGAUGAAGACACAUCCAAGCGCCCAGGCGAAUCUAAUCAGGAUGAACGAGGCCAUCGAUAUCCUGUCGCUUCUGACAGAUGCAAUUCUGUUCAUCAUGCCGUUGCCUGUCAUCAGAAAGUUGAGUCUCAGCAAAAGCAAAAGGCGACUUCUUAUCGGACUCUUCUCCCUCGGAUUCUUAACCUGCAUUGAGGUUAUUGUUCGAAUCAUUACUACGUACGGCUUCAACGGUGCUUUGGACGCCAUCCAGGUUCAAGUCCUGCUAAUGGGUAUCGAGCCAUCCAUGGGCAUUACACUUUGCUGUUUGCCUGUUUUCCUGAGACUAUUCCGAAAAGGCCAGCAGAACUCCAGUGGUCCCAACUACGCUUCCGGAGAACGUGGCGGCUUCUACUCUCUUGGCCCGAUGAGUGCGAAGCGAUCAACAACACGAGAUCCUGACGGAGCUCUGCUAGAUUCAGCCCUGGGCAAGCCGAAACCAGUUCUAGUACAAACCGAAAUCACUAUACAUUCUUCACGUAGCGGAUAUAACGACUCCAUUGAAUCUCAGGAGGGCUACUGGAAAUAG